CAGCACCUAAUAUGGCAUCCCCUUUGUUUGAGAAUCCAUACUGGAAGGAGCCUUCAGAAAUUUUGUUCAAAUCAUUGUCAAGCAAUAUUGCUGUUCCUGACCCUCUCCACGAUUCUCUUUCUUUCGAUAUGGUUGACUUCUCCACGCCACCAACAGAAGGAAACCACCAUAACGAGGCAAAGCAAUUGGUGGUGAAAUCUGAAGUGCAGGAUAAGGAAAGGUCAUACAUAGGUGUGAGGAAAAGGCCUUGGGGAAAAUUUGCAGCAGAGAUCAGAGACACAACAAGGAAUGGCGUAAGGGUUUGGCUUGGAACCUUUGAGAGUGUAGAAGCUGCUGCGUUAGCUUAUGACCAAGCCGCAUUUUCCAUGAGAGGCCAUAAUGCUGUACUCAAUUUUCCAGUCAAAAGGGUCAAAGAGUCUUUGCAAGAGAUCCAAUAUAGCUGCUGCAAUGGAUCUUCUCCUGCACUUGCACUCAAGGAGAGGCACUGCAUCCAACGAAAAUUGUCAGCAAAAGGUAGAAAGUGUAAAGGGAAAGAGACAUCAACAUCGAGCAUGGUGGUGUUAGAGGACUUGGGAGUUGACUAUCUAGAGCAACUUCUAACCAUAUCUGAUCAAAGUGCAACCCAUAGCUACUUCAACUAAACCUGGCCCACUGUUAUUUUCUUCCUCUUGUUUUUGGCUUUAUUUACAACAUCAAUCUCCUGAUAGGACGCAUGUAUGUAUUGUGAUCCCUCU